CUAAAUAAAAUUGCUGAUAAAGAUAACCAACUGUUUUCUGAAAUGUGUGGUACAUACUCUCGUAGAUCCUCUUUAAAAAGGCAAUGCAAGGAGCGAAUUAGUUUAUUUGAUUACAAUCCAAUGUUUAAUCUUCGACUCAAAAGAACAAAACCAACUUGCUCAACAAAACUAAAAUUUCCUGAUCACACUGAUGAAAAUAAGAAGAAUCAUGAAAACUCUGACAGCUCAAAUUAUCCAUUCAAGAAACCUGAAAACACUAGACAAGAAGAAUUGACUGAUAAUCUUUCAUCAUUAGUUAAUUCAAUCCAGUCAUGUCACAAUUUACAAGAAGAAUCUCCUGAAGAGCAGUUGAAAGUAAAAAAUAAUUUGCCUGAAAAGGAGCAGACAGAAAAUGGUUUAAAUUUGUUGCCUAGUAAGAAAGCUAAAAGUGACUUCAUUGAACAGAUCUCAAAUAUUUCUGAAAUAAAAAUCAAGUCUAAGAAGCAGUCGAAGAAAAAGAAAAAGAAGUUGUAUAAAAGUUUAUCUAUGUCUGGUGGUGGAAAUUUUGAUCAAGAAAGUGCUGAAUACCAUUCUUCUUACAGCAGCACAGAAUUACAAACAGGACCCUGUGAAAUUAAGAAUGGAGUUAUUAAAAUUCGUCUUAGUAAAUUGCCAGAGUGUAGAAAAUCUAAUGCUGAAAAUGAUUAUGAAGUGUCUAUCUGUGACUCUGCUCUAAUUGGCUGCAAAACAUUAUCAGUGCCUUUAAGUCCAUUGUCACCUGCUGUAUAUUCUGCUUACUGUGAAUCAUUUAAAGUCAAAAAGAAGGGUCAUUCAUCCAGUAAAAUAAAACAUUUGUUUAAAAAGAAGUCGAAGAAAAACGGAGUGCUUCAAGGGAUUUCUGUAGCUGCUAAAAUAAAUGACUCCCUUAAUAGCAUAUCAAAUGAAUUUGAGCAUGAAAAAAAUAAUAAAUCUAACCCCGAACCUGUUGCUAUAAAUAGUGAAGAUAACAUUUCCAGUACUGUAAAUUCAUGUGAGAAUUUAAAGGAGGAAAACGAGUGUAAAUUUCAGCCAACCAUAGAAAAACUUGAUGUUUCUUGUAGCUCUAAAUUAAAAGAAUCUCCAAUUUCCUCCCAUUCUCGAGGAUACUGCACUAAAAUUGAGUCUGAAGCAUAUGAUGAUUUUCCUGUCUCAGAAACAUCAAAUGCAUUUAGCAGCAAUUUAUCUGUACAGAAAACAUGUUCUAAUUCUUUUGAAACACGUAAUUCACAAAUAUUGUGCUCAAUUAAUUUAUCCCUUCUUGACAGGGUUCCAGUUAGAAUAUGCGCUUCUCCUAAACAUGAUAGUAAUGAUUUAAAACUCUUUAGUGGUAAUAAAAAGGUAGAUGACAAUAAUUUAUCUGAUGCUAGCAAUGAAAAACACAGCCUAAACUCCAGUUCUACUAUUUUAAACAACAAUAGCGAUAGUGUUAUAAAAAGGGAAAUAGAAACUCCUCCAAUUUGUCAACCUACCAAUGCCCUCUUUGAUAAGUUGGAAAGUACAAAUUUGCCAGUGCCUAACACAGAAAAUAGUCUGAAUGAAUCAUGCACAAAUGCAGAUCCUGCUCUUUCUUAUGAAAUGACUCAUCCUGUAGAAAAAGAAUUUUCCACAAUAAACAUUUCAGAGAAUGAAAAUGAUGUUCAUCUAUCAUCCAAGUUAAUGUCUGCUCAGAAUGAUCUCAUUUCUGUUCUAAGAUGUGAUGUUCCUCCUAAACUUCAUUCAUCUGUUCUGCCGCAUUCUCAACUUAACAAAGUAAAAAUCGAAUUUCCAGAUACAAUGUCUAGUCGCCAUGAGAAAUGGAAUGAUUUUCCAGAGUAUAACUGGUGUCAUGACCUAAAUGAUAUAGGUUUCAAUGCAGGACUUUUCAAAGAACAGUUAUCAUUUAAUGUUACCAGUCACAUGCAUUGGCAAGACCCUGAGUUAAAGAAACAAUAUUCAUCUGAGUACUACUUAAAUGAAGCUAAAAAGCUAAAGCACCAAGCAGAUAAAGAGAUUGAUAGGAUGGUUCAAGCUAUGAAAUAUCUUGAGGCUGUUCUAUAUUUUAUUUUGACUGGAAAUGCAAUGGAACACAGUUACAUUGAUACUGACAGAGUACAUACAAUGUACAAAGAAACUUUGGCAUUAAUCAGGUUUAUAUCUUCGAAGUUUCAAAAGUUGCAUAAUGCAUCAUGUCGAAAUAUUGACAACAAACUUACUGUUUUGAGUCUUAGGUGUCAAUCUCUCUUAUAUUUGAAACUGUACCAACUUAGACGUGAUGAAGUUCGAUUUCUUCAUCGAAGCAUCACGGCUUUUCUGAAGUCAGAAAACGUUGCAUUUCCUGUUCAAAGUUCUCCUUUUCAUAUUCAAAAUUUCAAGCAAAGCAUAAAACAUUCUCAAAUUUUGCCACCCGAACAAGCAUCACCCUGUUCCUUGACACCAUCUCCUGCUGGAAGUGUUGCAUCUGUUAGCUCACAAAGUAGUGGUUACAGUAGCAGUGAACUGGGAUGGAGCUCAACUUGUAAUCCUGGAAAUUUGAAUUCAAAGACUGUAUUUGAUGAUAUAGUCUCAGUCUCAAAUAGCAAAUACAAAAUGUUGCAACAACAAAGCUCAUACCUAGCAAAUUUACAUUUGUGUCAUGAUCUUUGGGAGCAUGCUGAUUAUCUUAGUUCUAAAGAGCAUUCAAGAGAAUUUUUCUUGGAGUUAGACGAAGAAUGCGGCUGCUUAAGCUUGCACAGUCCUUUUUCUGCAUUAGUUCAUUAUGUGCGGAAAGGUCUGUACAAACUGAAGGAUGGCACAUAGUUUUUUUUUUAAGUUUGUUUUCAUUUAGCAUUUCAGAGCUUGCAUACUAGAAAAUAGGACUACUUUUAAUUUGAUAAUAAAUGAAAAACAUAGGUUUCUUUGUACAGACUAUUUUUGUACAUAGUUAACUGCACAAUUCUUUAUAUGGCUUGUUGAUAACUUUUGCAUUCAUAAUACAUUCAUUGUUUUAAAGUCAUCUUUAUUUAUUGUUCAUUAUAUCAUGAAUCCUUAAAUUAUACCUAGUUAGUACUUAUACAUAUGUAUAUAGAUAUACAUAUUCUUAAUGUGCAUAGUAGACUUGCUGCUGUUUUUAUAAAUGUGAGAAAUGUUCUUGUUGUUAGUGUUAAAAAUAUUUUAGCUUUAUUAAUUAGUAAUAUUGUAUUGACUUGUUUUAUUUUUAAUGUACAGUUUUGAUUUGUAAAUACAUUAGUUAUAUAGUUUUUAACUCUUGUAGUAUUUUAAAUGUUGUACUGAAAAUACUUUUAUCUAUCUUAUAAUUAGCAAUUUUAUUUAGUACUGAAAUUCACAGCUGUGUUGCAGCAAUUAUAAUAAAAAUUACAUAAGUAAUUUUUUAAAGGAAUAGUUAAUUCUUUUACAAAAGCCUGUUCACUACAUUCAUUAAUAAGGCAUAUAAAAGCAUUCUUCUCUUAAAUAUAAAGAAAUAAUGCAUUAGUGCAGUU